UCACUCUCGUUUCCCUGUGCCAGCCUCCAGCUGUUAAAACUGUGUCUCGCGCGCAAGGCAGAGACACACCGCGCCUGUCGUCCGACGAAGCCGCCCACCCAGGCAGGAUGGUCAGGAUGAUCCUCGUCGCCGCGGUCGCGCUGCUCGGGGCAGUCGCAGCCUUCAAGAGCGGCGCCCCCGACUCGGAGCAAGUGUGCAGGACCAUGGUGCCGGAGCACAUGGCGGAGAUCCAGCCCCUCAGCAGCUUCCCCUACAAGGUGACCGUCGACCCGACGUCCAUCAGACCGGGCCAGAGCGUGACCUUGAAGAUCUCCGGCAGCGACGACAACCCCAUCAGGGGGUUCCUGGUGCAGGCGCGCGUCGGCGGCACUCCCAUCGGGCAGUUCGAGGCGGGUCCCCAGGUCCAGGCGAUAGACUGCUUGCAGGGCGCCAAGAACGCAGCGACGCACAGCAACGGAGAGAAGAAGCCUGAAGUGAAGCUGGUGUGGACGGCCCCCAAAGACCUCCAAGAAAGCAUCAAGUUCAGGGUGACCGUAGUUAAGAAGGGUGAUGUGUACUGGGUUGGAUACGAGACUCGUCCCAUCAGUGUUUCUGCAAGCUGAGAUGCGAGCCCUGUCAAGCACGUCAACAAAGCCACCAGGAAUUUCAAAUGAAAAUGUAAUUAUUCAAACUGAUGACUUCACAAAGAAAGCAGCUAAAACAUUUUUAUGUUGUAGUAAUAUGUACUGUUCCUGUACAUCGUGAGUAAAUACGUUGCCCAGGAUAAAAAAAAGUUUAUUUGGUUUGUACGUACGAUACUUUGGAGUUAAAAGAAAUGGAACAUUGCUGUUACGGAGAUGGAUAAAUUCAUCUCGCAACUUUCUGGAACACUAAUUUGGUGUGUUCAUUUGCACAUAUAGGUAUCAAAUCAAUUGGGAUAGAAAGUGAUAUGUUGUUGCAAAAGGAGACAAAAACCUGCUUCUAUAAAGCAAAACACUUUUAAAAAUUAUUUCCAAGGAUGUAUAAAACACCAUUAAAAUAUUGUCUGUUAAAAAGUUUACUUGUAAAUGCACAAUAAUCAAUAACACUAGCCAAUUUAAGCAGCCCACCUCCCUUGAGCCAUUUUGUGAGUUUGAGGCCCAUAUACAAAAAUGAAGAGCAUGACACACUAGUAUAUAACUGGUAGUCAUGAGACUUUAAAAGAUGUCUCUAAUUUGAAGUGACCAUCUGUUUAUCUCUCUGUAAUAACAAGGUAUGCAUUAACCAAACUUGUAUUACUUAAAUUUUUUUUUAUAUAAAUACCAAAGAAAUUUCAAAAAAU